CACAAUGCAGCGCGGCGCGCUGUCCCCGGUGCUGAUGCUCAGCGCUGCCCCGGAGCCUCCACCGCGCCCGCCUCCCGCCCUCUCCCCGCCGGGCCCCGGCCCAGGUCCCCGCCAUGGCUCAGCUCGGCCAGGUCCGGCCCCAGAACCGUCGGGGGGCCUGGCUGCGGCGCUUGACAGCAGCCUACGGGCCGCCGUGGCGUUCAAGGCAGAGGGCCAGCGCUGCUACCGGGAGAAGAAGUUCCGGGAAGCCAUCGGCAAGUAUCACCGGGCACUGCUGCAGCUGAAGGCGGCGCAGGGGGCUCGCCCUGGCCUGCCCGCCCCGGCCCCUGGGCCGGCCGCAGGCCCAGGGCCCGCCCGCCUCAGCGAGGAGCAGCGGCGCCUGGUGGAGAGCACCGAGGUGGAGUGUUAUGACUCCCUCACGGCCUGCCUGCUGCAGUCAGAGCUGGUGAACUACGAGCGUGUGCGUGAGUACUGUCUGAAGGUGCUGGAGAAGCAGCAGGGCAACUUCAAGGCCACCUACCGCGCCGGCAUCGCCUUCUACCACCUGGGCGACUACGCACGCGCCCUGCGCUACCUGCAGGAGGCCCGAAGCCGGGAGCCCACAGACACCAACGUGCUCCGCUACAUCCAGCUGACCCAGCUGAAGAUGAACCGCUGUGGCCUCCAGCGGGAAGACAGCGGCCACGGCGCCGGGGCCUCGGCCCGGGAUGUGGUGGGCUGAGGCUGCGUGGCCGUCUCCACCCCACUCCCCACAUC